UUUUUUUUCUCUGCUAUCUUGUGACCGAUGACCUUUGACCCCUUUAGUCUCACGUUUGCUGCCGGGGAAUGUAGUUUUGAGUUUGAGUGGCUCUGGUCUGUGGCGGUUCCACACUGAGCUGCUGUCAUGCUGUGGCUUGCUGCUGCUGCUCUGGGAUCAGUGGUGUUGUGUGUGUUGAGCGGCUUCACAUCACCACAGAUGAUUCCAGAUCAGUGUUCAGGCCUGACGAGCGUUAAGAAGAUUAUGAUUGACUCUUUAUCUCUGAACGGACUGCAUACAAACACGGCAGCUACGAUGAGUGAAUCAGGCCUGGAUAAUUAUACUGGAAUACUGGGAGACAGUGACGACAGCGAUGACGAUCCAAACUCAAAGAACCUGCUGGCGGCUUCCUGGGACAGUUUAUCCAUCGUGGACCGACUGGGAUUAAAGAGCUGCGUGGAGAUGACGGAGGAGGAAGUGGAGAGCGCGUUUACCCAGAUUGCAGUGGGGUUUCACUGCGACCAGUACACGCUGACCCAGCGGCUGCAGGCCGAGCGACACGACCGCAGCGUCGCAGAAGAGAACCUGCAGAGAGAUGCUGCAGGUACCGCAGACACGCCUGAGAUGAUACUGAGGGCUGUGGGAGUGUUGUGGGAUGGCCUACAUGAGGUGGACAGCAAAAAGAUGGUGCAGCAGAUGGAGAACAACCUGCAGAUGCUUGAAAGCAACAUGGACAAUGUCCUCAAAACAGCAGAGAUGCUCGGAGCUGCACACCAGGAAGCGCGUGUCAGUCAUGCAGUAGAGCUGAUGUCAGUACACAUGCAGCAUCUGAAGAGACGUCACGCUAUAGAGAGCGAGGAGAUGCUGGAGGUCAGAAAGCUGCUGCACAGGAGGAAGGGCCGAUUGCACAGUGACUCCACAGAUGAUCGAGACCUGUUCAGAUAUUCAUCACAACAGCCGACUCGUCGCAGGGUCAGCAUCACCUUCCUCCCGACUCAAUCUGAGUUGAAGCAUCUAGAGGCUUCGUUUCUGGAGAACUGCAAAGCUAGUUUGGAUGCAAAGAAGCCGCAAGCGGACAGGAGACAGGAAGUAGUUCCCGCAGAUUCUCCGGCGAGCAGUCUAAACCAAGACGAUGACGUGGACAGCAGCGUGUUUCAAAGUGCGACGCAAAUCACGUCGCUGCGCCAUCGCCGUCGUUAUUCUCCUACAGGAAGUUCAUUUGAGGGGGAGGAGUCAGAACGAGGGGAGGAGCCCAACCCUGAGCUAUGUCUCGCUCCACCACAGCGCCCCCUGUUGUCCUGGAGGUCUACGUGCGGAUGGAUCGUCAGAAUGAUUUUGCUUGCAUUCGGUCUGAUGAUGCUGAUGGUGGCUCUUUUAUAUGUAGUCAUGAGUGUUUGUAUAAAUAACUGAUGGUUUAGUGUGGUUAUUUGAUCUUAAACGACUAGUUUAGUUAAAAAUAAACAUUCAAAUCAACAUGAAUGGCCGUUUCGGUUUUGAGUGGGUUGAGUGUAAUUGACUGCGUGUUUCCACCAGGUGGCAGUGGCGAGUUACUUACUCAUUCACUCAUUACUGAGCACCGCAGAUGAACUGGAUUAUAGUGUAACCUUUGCGAAUGUGGCUGCGCACGUCUGUCCUGAACACGAUACAAACAGAUCAGCAUUAAAUAUUCUGAUUUAAUGCCGCUGAAUGUGCUUGUUUCUCCUGAAACAGGUGCGAAGCCAUGGCAAACAGAUUAAUGAUGCUAAUUAACAGUAAUUAAAUUCAGAGAGACAAUGAGAAGCUUCAAAACCGAAUCGUGGCAGCUGUUGCUCAUUUCACGCUGCUUUUAUUUGGAUUGUUCUGGUAAUGAAUGCACUGGACAGAGAUAUCAAUAUUAAAUUAUGUGGCUUAAUGCAGUUUAUGAAUGAAAAACAUGUCCAUAUAAUUGAAUAAUAGAGUCGAGUGGAUGUUAUCUGGGUUGGAUUAAACUUUCAUCCUCAUUUUGCUGGAAUUAUAUCAACGCUUACAGACGUUUGAUAAUGGUCCUUCACAGGCUCCUCGGAAUAAAUGACCGCUUCUGUUUCCUGUCCUGUGAAUUUUAGGGCACCUUAAACCCGCCCACAUCCUGCUGCGUAGCCAAUCACAGCUCAGAAUGAGAAACGAGAUCAGGAAGUGCUCUUAAUUUUCUGGAGUCAGCUUGUGAAACUCGAGCCGCGAUGGGUCGGAAGGAGAUCGACUGCAGCUGGAAGAAAAUCACCAACGACAUCAAGGACAUUUUCGACUUCAAGGAAGUUCUGGGGUCGAUCAGCAGCUUUAGCUCUCAGAGGAGACACAUGCGUUCCACAGCAGUGCUAAUCGGAGCCUGAGACACAGAUUAACGGAUUGAGGGCCAGGGGACAUUUUUAUCAAUGAAGCCCUUCAUCCUCUUGCUCCUAUUGAGAGAAACCUGGAGGAACCGUUUAGCAGCUAUACAUAAUAUUAUACGGCGUUAUUCAGCAUUGAGAAGUGUCAUGAAGCUUCACCAAACAUUAUGAGCUGUUAUAAAGCCUUACGAAGUGUUCUGAAAUGCUAUGAAUUUUAAGGUAAUAUACAGUAAGCUCUUAUGACACUUUACGAAGGGUUAUGAAGCUUUAAGAGGCGCUAUAAGCUUUUACAACACUUUA